GAAUGCUAAGCUGACAGAAGAUUUAGCACAAAGCAUACUGGCGUGUGACACACUUAAGGAGCAGAUUAGCGAGACUUGAGAUUGCUCAUGCUUCUACUAAGGAACAAUGGGCAGGGGAAAGAGCUAAAGAUUUCAGGGGCGUUAGCUGAGAGCGAAAUUGCUAACAAUAAUCUCCUAUACCAAAUGGCACAGCUCGGAUCAGAGCAGGAGAGUCUGAAAGAUAUCAGAGUUGAGCUAGAGGCCGAAAAGGACCAGUUAGCCGACGAGUUGACCCAGCUGAAAUCACGACUUUUGGACUCAAAUCAAAUAGAGCAGAAUGCUGGGGUCGAGCUGAAGCGCUUAAGCGACGAAAGCAGACAGCUUGAAACAGAGAAGACAAAAGUAAUGUACGAACUAACACAGGUCAAGAUUGAUUACGAGAGUCUAAAAGAAGAGGUAGGCAAUUUAAACUCUAGACUUCAAAAGUCUCAGGCUAACGCCAAUGAACUUGAGGUUAAGCUAGAGAGAGUAACAGAAGACUACACAAAUCUGUCAAACUCCUACGAAAAGAUGGUGUCGGAAAGUAGUAGCAUUGAAACAGAACUUCAGAAGAACCGUAAAGCACUGCUAACUCAGACUCAGGACCAAGCUUCAGAAAUAGACGUGUUACAUGACAGGGUGAAAGAACUGGAGGAGGAGAUAAACAAACUUCAAGAUGGGAAGGUCAGGUUAUCACGAGGAGGCGAUGGUCUUACAGGCAUCCCACAGAGGAACUUAAGACAGAAAAUGCAAAACUGAAAGAAAAUAGCGAUGGUCUAAAGGGUCAAAAUGAAGCUAAGCAGGCCGAGCUAAAACGGGUCUCUGAACAGCUUAACCAGUUGAAAACUGAACGACAAAGGGUUACUAAUGAACUGACUAAACUUAGCACAGAUCACAAAAGAGUAAACAAAGAGUUGGCAAACUCACAAGCUACCGUGGCAAGCCAC